AUGCCGCCAACCGUCCCGCAGCGCGGAGGCCCGAGUGGGCUGAAGCGAAGCGUCGCCGGGAAGACCGUCAUGAAGACAGGCGCAAAGCGCCACCGGAAAAUCAUCAAGGAUUGCAUCCGCGGGAUCACCAAGCCCGCGAUUCGUCGCAUGGCUCGGCGCGGUGGCGUCAAGCGUAUCUCAGCCACUAUCUACGAUGAAGCGCGCCAUGCACUGAAAAUCUUCCUUGCGACGGUUAUACGCGACGUCGUCACUUAUACGGAGUACCGUAACGCGAAAACGGUGACGGUUAACGACGUCAUCUUUGCCCUCCGCCGCAUUGGCCGGCCUAUUUACGGGUUUGAUCCCGACACUUACAGCGCUAAAAAGAACUCAGUGGCCGUUCAGAAAGAUUCUCGCGACUAA